GUCAAAACGAAGGUUGUGAGCUUUCCAGAUGAAUGAAGGGUGAUUCCGUACGAGGACUGCCCACCAGCGUUGGCAGCGGUGAUUCAUCUCAUCUCAUGUGUGAAAGGAAGGCUCACCAGCGAUGGCGUCUGAUGGGCUCGAUAAGAGGGUGGAGUCGUACCUCACCAUACACCUCGCUAUCGUCGCAGUGGAGUUCCUCUGCCUCAUACGUACACAACGACACACACACACACACAGACACGCACACAUCAACACAUCACAUGCAUCCAUGCCGUCUGCCCGCCCUGUGUGUGCAGUGGUCUACUGGAUCAUCCGGAAGGUGCGCCGGCGGCUGCUGCAGAAGAGCCUCCGCAAGUUCCCGCCCCGGCGGUUGGCCCUGGAGGCGUCCGACAUGACCCGCACCAUGUACGUGCAGGUGCUGGAGCAGUUCGUCAAGCAGGAGCAGCUGCCACACGCCGUCAGACCCAGCAAACGAGACGCCGCCGACAAGGGGUGCGACAGGAACGACGAGUGCGAUAGACACGUCCACCACAGACAGGUGGGCCAUGCGUGCAUCACACGGGCAGGGAGGGAGGGAGGCGGUGUCGGGCAGGGGUUCGUGGAUGUGUGUGUGUGUGUGUGUGUGUGUUCAGGAGAUAGCCUUGCAGUGGCACAACAUAGAGACGGCGGCGUGCUCGUAUGACCGCAGCCUCAGACGCAAGAAAAACCAGACAGUGCGGGAGUACCUCCACAGUGAGCGAGCCGAGCCACACACGCGCCCCAUGGAUGUGUCAGUCAGCUCAUGGAGACGUACGUACGUGUGGCGGGCUGUGUGCGCCUCGCCUCGCCUCGUUCAGGUUUGGUUGAUUUGGCGGGAGGUGGGGAGGCGUCCUUCCGAAACAAUGUGGAGGACUACCUGACGUACUACGAGCUGGCCAAGUUCAGCGACCGGGAGUUCGACGCCAGAUCGUUCGGAGAGGUCAUGAAAAUCGUACUGGCACUCAUUCAGAACCUAGAGGGUCCGCAGAACCAACACACCCACACCCACACCCACACACCCACCCACCCACACACACACAACACCGACCAGUUCAGAGCUGCGCUGUAUGUGUGUGUGUAUCAUUCAGGGAAUCUCGGCCGCCGGUCUCGUUCGUCGCCCGCCACCCCCCUGGGCCCGCCGGCCGACCACUCUCCAGUAAAGCCGUCAUCAGCCCACCUCCACCACCUCCACCAUUACCCCGACAGCGACACGUCUCAUGGCGAGCAGGGGCGGCGGCGGCGCGAGGGCGGCAGGUGGAUGCGGCCACGCAGGGCACACAGGGAUAAAGAUAAGGGUAGAGAUAAGGGUAGGGAGCGGCGGAGGGGCGAGGGGUAGGUAAAACAGACGGACAGACGAGGG